AUGUUCAACCGCAAAUUCUCCAUCAAUCGGCACACCGGUGUGCCUAAGCCCAGGCGCUUCAGUGUCGGCGAGAGUAGCGCCAAUGAGGUUCAAUCCAAGACUCAUAGACAAUUUCGCAAUGCUCACGAAGGCCACCAAGCCCACGCUGGUCUCGACGCCUCCCGCUCCUCUACCGGUGUUGUCUGGUGUACUGAGCGCGCUGCCGAGUACGGUUUCCUCGAGGACCCCGACUCAUGGGCCAAUCUGGGCCAGGGCGCUCCCGAAGUCGAGGACGAUAUCGCCGGCUGCUUUCCUCGUCCUACAACUAUCGACAUCUCCAUGGCCGGUCGUGAGUAUGGUCCCACAGCCGGCAUCAAGCCUCUUCGCGAGGCUGUCGCCAACCUGUACAACGUCAUGCAUCGCCAGGGCAAGCAGAGCCAGUACACCUGGGAGAACGUCGCCAUCGUCCCUGGAGGCCGUGCCGGCCUGAUCCGCAUUGCCGCCAUUCUCGGAAACUCCUACUUGUCUUUUUUCUUGCCUGACUACACGGCGUACAACGAGAUGCUCUCCCUAUUCAAGAACUUCUCUGCCAUUCCUGUUCCUCUUGCGGAGGAGGACGGCUAUCACAUCCAUCCUGAUCGUAUCUCUGAAGAGAUUUCCCGCGGCUCCUCCGUCAUUCUGACCUCGAAUCCCCGCAACCCCACUGGUCGCGUCGUUGCGAACCCCGAGCUGGCUGAGAUCCAAGAUAUCUGCCGUGGUCGUGCCACCUUCAUCAGUGAUGAAUUCUAUUCCGGGUACAACUAUACUAGCAACUGCGACGGCAGCACGAUCUCCGCGGCGGAGAACGUAGAGGACGUCGAUGAGGAUGAUGUCCUUAUUAUUGAUGGUUUGACCAAGCGCUUCAGACUUCCAGGCUGGCGUAUUGCUUGGAUUCUUGGUCCCAAGGAGUAUAUCAAAGCUAUCGGGUCCUGUGGGAGUUACCUUGAUGGUGGCGCGAACCACCCUUUCCAAGAGGCUGCCAUUCCCAUGCUUGACCCGACGCUCGUGAAGGAGGAAAUGGUCUUCCUUCAGAAGCAUUUCCGCGACAAGCGUGACUACGUUGUUCGCAGACUGCGCGAGAUGGGGUUCGUCAUCAAAUAUGUGCCCGAUUCCACUUUCUAUCUUUGGCUAAAUUUGGAGGGCCUCCCUGACGCCAUCUCGGACGGCCUCAACUUUUUCCAGGCUUGCUUGGAGGAGAAGGUCAUCGUCGUCCCUGGCAUCUUCUUUGACCUGAACCCUUCCAGACGCCGUGACCUUUUUGACAGCCCCUGCCACCAUUUUGUCCGUUUCUCGUAUGGCCCGAAGAUGGAGACCCUCAAGAACGGUCUCGACGGCAUCGAGCGCGUGGUUAACAAGUUCAAGAAGUCUAGCGGCUAG